UCCAUACUCCAGAGGUGUGAUUAGUUAGCUGCUGUAUUUCAUGUAAAGCUUCUUAAAGCACGGCACAUGCCCCACUUACCUGCCAAAGAUUUCAGGAGUAUGUUUGUGGAAUGGGUGGGAGUCCCUGGAUUUCAGCCUGGUCUGGAAUUUCCCCUGAAGCGUCACAGUGUGAUCCGGAGAUCUGACAACAGCUGGAUAUGACUUCACUCCAUAAAACUUCCUGCCCCGUCCCUGCACCUACACACCUGGGAGCGGUGUAUAUUACACACACCUGAGGAGGGGCCGCACUUGGAGGAGGAGACUUCCAGGAACAUGGGUGAGAUGUCGGCUCAGGAUCCUCCAGCCUCAGAUGUGGUCCUCACAGUCAUUAUCUAAAAGAGUAACUUUAAACAGAUCGACAUGAAGACGUCACGUCAAGAGGCCUCGUCAGGUGGAACGUGCCCAAGAACUCGGGUCAUAACUAAGUUUGCAGUGUAUGUCGGCUCAUUUGCAGUUAAAGAAGCAGACUCUAGGAGGAGAUUGUGGAUCAUAGAGGAACAGAUGCGCGCCCUGAAGGACUGCCCUAGACGAAGAGCGGUGAUCUUGAAGUUCUGCCUUCAGGGAGUAAAGAUGUACGAUGCAGACGGAGAGACGCUGCUCAUGGCUCACGCUCUCCGGAGGAUCCAGUAUACCACAUGCAGGCCUGAAGACGGUCAGUUUGCUUUUGUGUCACGUAACCCACAUGGUCAACCAAAUCACCUGUUCUGCCACCUGUUUUUGGGCAGCCAGCCCAGUGAGGCUCAGGUGCUGAACCUCCUGCUGUGCCGCUCCUUCCAGCUCCAGUACCUGGCACUACACCCCGAGGUUGGUGAACAGAAGGACUCGGCGUCCGGUCCUGCCAAGGUGCAGAGAAGGGGGAUCGGUGGUGUCUUUGUGAGGAAGCCGCUGGAUCCUGAGGAGGUGUCUCAGAAUGUGAAUGCCUUGGUGUCCUUCAGAAGACUUCUAGUGACUGAGGAGGUGAAGAAUGGCAGCAACCAAAGUGAAGCUCCGAGAAGCUCAUCAAUAGAGUCUCCGUAUUGCUCCCCCACCCUGGUCCGUAAGAAGGCAAUACGCAGCAAAGUCCUUCGCUCUGGGGCGUAUCGCUGCCCGAAGUCCGAGACCCCUGCCCAGGAGAGAAGAGCAGAAGAUAGAUCUGGGUAUGCCGUGACCGAGCUCUCGGAGAAGCUGGAGGCUUUGCUGGAUGCUGUGUGGUUCUUUGCUGGAGUUGACAGGGACAAAUCUGUCGCCCUUCUGAAGAAUGACCGUAUGGGAGCAUUCCUUCUUCAGCCAGGCUCGGAGUGUGGGGGUCAAUUCACUCUCUACAUGAGCACACAAUGUGGGGUAAUUCCGUACAAGAUCUACACAACGACGCAGGCCAAGUACUACUUUGAGCAUCUCCCACAGGAAUUCCCCAGCCUGACAGAUUUGGUGGCCCACCACUCUGGCACGGACAGCAGUCUUUUCUUCCAGCUGGCUCAUGGUCGGGUUAAUCCAUGCUACGAAGCACAAGAUGUGAAGGCCAGUCAGCAGUACCCCCUUACACAGCACAAAACCACACAGGAGCCCAAGCUAAAAGAGCCAGCCAAGAUGGCGGCGGAGCAGCCAACAUGCACAGACGUAGCCACUGAGCCAGCACAGAUGAUAUAUGAUAUCUGACAUCACAAAGACUACAAUAUCUCUACCAGGACCUCCACAGAUUGCAACUCAAGAUAAUAAUAUUGUCUUAUUAAAGGAUAAAAUCCUCCAUGAAGUAAAGUACAGAUGUACAGAGCAGGAGAGGGUCAACUGUAGCACUAUAUUGAGGUGUAGUUUUACAUUCCAUUUGGCGGUUUUUGAGAAGCUUAAUCCUAAGCAGCACCACCAUGGCAGCCAUUAAAAGGUGCCUCCCAGCAUAUUAAAUAAUGGGUGAAAUAUAGGACAGGGGGACCUGCUGACAAACCCCAGGAUAUGUCCCUAUGAUGAUCAACUGAUCACCAGCUCGAUAAUAAAGGAAGCCACAAACAAGGAUUUACCACUCCAGAGACAACUCCAGGCUUUGAUGCAGGUGGAGACUAGUGCUGUGGCUAUGGACGGAGAGGGACAUUUGCAUUGGUAAGGCUGGCCGUCUCCCAGGUUUCCCCAUAAGCAUGCAUGCUGGAAUCUGCUGAGCAUGCAGGUCUAUUACAUGUCUGUUGCUGCCAGAAAAUUCUGGCGUUGCUAAUUUCCAGGAGAACAGAGGAUCAGCAGGACUCCCCCGCCUCCAGUAUUGUACCUUUAUAUUAGAUGGUUUGCAGGGACGACUAUAUGUAUCCCCAUCAGAUCCACAGUAAACUACUAGGUAAAUCCCGGGGAAUCCCACUAUAUACUGAGGCAGAUUACCAAGACAGAGGAAUAUAGGCCCCUUGAUGAUGUAUACUCCUUUGGGGUAGUAAAAGCAAUGCCUACCCCUGUAUUCUACUGUCUCCCGUGUGAUGUAUGUUGCGGGGGAGAGCAUGGUCGCAUGCUUUAAUUUAUUGCAGUAAAUAAUUAUAUUUAUUCACAGUGUGUCCAUUGCUGCUGAUUUACAUUCCCAUGCCGGGGCAAGUGCCGAGACGGACGUGGACGGUCAAUGUACCCACCACUGGAGCCAUAACUUUUUUUAUUUUUCAGUUCACAUAUCCAUAUGAGGGCUUGUUUUUUUGCAGGACAAGUUCUGCUUUCUAAUGCCACUAUUUACCGUAAUAUCGCAUACAAUGUAGUGGGAAGUGGGGUGGAAUUGAAAAAAAAAGCAAUUCCUA